AUGGGAUCCGCUACUGCCAAAGAUGACAUGCAAAGUCCCUUUGUUUCAAGUAAUUGUAAUCCAUCAACAAUCGCUCUGGAGUGUUAUAAAUGCCAAUCUGACAUCGACGCUGGAUGUGCUUUUGCUACUUUGAGCCACGUUCGUCAAUGGGAUAUCGAAAUUUGUUCCGAAUGUGCAGUUUGGAUAAAGAAUCGUGUGACUUUUCGUGGAUGCAAGCCAAAUACGGAAGUUGACCAAGUCGAAGGAUGUCGCAUAAAUUCCUGUAAUGACAUGAUUUUUCCGCGAAAUCGACUUCAAUGUUACCAAUGCGGUGGUAAAGACUGCAUUUUCCCCAAUGAAACUCAUUCGCCGCUGCCUUGUGAGAAUUUUGUGUCAAACGAUCAGUGUUACACGAUUGUUACAGAUUUAAAUGUCACCAAAAAUUACGUGAAGAACAUUUUUCCCUUCAAAACGUUCCGUGGUUGCAUGUCAGACGAUGAAAAUUCCGCCGGAAUGCAGAAAUGUCGUGAAAAUCGUCGAUUUUGUGUCAAAUCUCGCACAAACGCGUACCCGGCAUACACAAAUCUCGCCUGCAUUCAAUGUCAAGACAACACAACGACAGCAUACCCGAAGAAUUGUUUCAACAAAACGGAGACAAUGCCAUGCAAAUCCAUUGUGGGUCGUGUGCCAGCGAAAUGUUACACGCGCUUCGAUGGCGAUUUCGUGACGCGUGGCUGUUACGAUGAAAAUGUCGCGCGCGAAUGCAACCAAGCCGGAAGGCAAUGUCAUGUGUGUCAACGGGCGGGAUGUAAUGGCAAAAUGUAUCGAGCGACGAAAUGCAGGAAAUGUGAUUCGAGGAACGACACGAGAUGCAUUGACGAUGCGUUCACGUAUGAUUACGGGUUUUGCAUGACCGCAAAUGCUAAAGAGAAAUUGGCUUGUUAUCGAUGGGAAGAAGCUUUUUGUGGGAUUUUAGUUGUAGAUGGCACGAAAAUUGUGCAAAGAGGAUGCUGGCAUACGAUUAAGGAUGCGGCGAUGAAACAAGAAUGCAUGUUGAAUACGACGCGAUGUAAAAUUUGUGAUGGGGAGAAUUGUAAUAAGAAAC